AUGCCUGCAACACGGUCAACCAAGCUGGGAAUGAGGCGUGUUAACAUCGUGUCGUGUCUUCACGAAACUUCAGCUGCUCAGCCGUCUGUGGUCGCCCUCUUCAUGAUGCGCCACACAUCUUCAGCAGGAGACAGACCAGGGGCCUCAUUUAUAAAACCGUGCGUAGAAACCUCGCUAAAAGUGUCAGAAAUGGUGUACGCCACACAGACCCAGUUUAUUCUGACUCGGCUGAAUAAAAGCGCCCUGUGGAGAUCUGGGGCGCGACGAUGCAGCGGCUCUGGACGCGUCUUUCACGCUGGUUUAACACGGAACCAACGUGCUAAGAAAGGCAGCUAUGCACCAGGACAGGUGAACAAGAAGACCGCUAGCAAGCAGACGCUUAUUUCAACACCGGCGCCCGUAUUCAUCAAGCUCCUCAGGCCGGUAGGGGCCCCGUAUGUGGGCCAUAAGAUUAAGCUCAGUGGAUGUGAAUGUGGACGAAACAAGGAAAAUUCAGGAGCUCUUAUCAGACGAAACAGUCGCUUCACUCAUGGUUUCAACGCGCUGCUCUACGCCACCAUCUUCGGUAACGUCACCACCAUCUUCCAGCAGAUGUACGCCAACACCAACCGCUACCACGAGAUGCUCAACAGCGUGCGGGACUUCCUCAAACUCUACCAGGUCCCCAAAGGCCUGAGCGAGCGGGUGAUGGACUACAUCGUGUCCACCUGGUCCAUGUCCAGAGGCAUCGACACCGACAAGGUGCUGCAGAUAUGUCCGAAGGACAUGCGGGCGGAUAUCUGCGUCCACCUGAACAGGAAGGUGUUUAAGGAGCACCCGGCGUUUCGUCUGGCCAGCGACGGCUGCCUGCGAGCCCUCGCCAUGGAGUUCCAGACCGUCCACAGCGCGCCGGGCGACCUCAUCUACCACGCCGGAGAGAGCGUGGACAGCCUCUGCUUUGUGGUGUCGGGGUCGCUGGAGGUCAUCCAGGACGACGAGGUGGUGGCCAUUUUAGGUAAAGGUGACGUGUUCGGUGACGUGUUCUGGAAGGAGAUGACGUUGGCGCAGUCCUGCGCUAACGUGCGAGCGCUGACCUACUGCGACCUCCACAUCAUUAAACGGGACGAGCUGCAGAAAGUCCUGGAGUUCUACUCCGCCUUCGCAAACCACUUCGCCAGAAACCUGGUGCUCACCUACAACCUGAGGAAGAGGAUCGUCUUCCGGAAGAUCAGUGACGUGAAACGUGAAGAGGAGGAGAUGUUGAAGAGGAAGAACGAGGCGCCUCUGAACCUCCCUCCGGAUCAUCCAGUCCGACGACUUUUCCAGCGGUUCCGGCAGCAGAGGGAGGCACGGCUCGCCAGCGAGCGGGUCGUUCAGGGUGCCGCUGACUUGGAGAAAGGGGUCCCUCCCUUGGAGCCCCCCAGACGUCCUGAGGUCCUCGCCUCCACCAGUAUAGACAUGGUGACUGAGAGCCCGGCCGCCACCUCCUCAACGUCCACCGCGUCCUCGUCGUCCAGGACCUCCAGCCGAGUCAUGCUCCACGCUCCCGCCACCCAAAACGGAAACCUGAUCGGCUGCAAGUCUGCAGAGCCUCCCAAAGCUAAAGGCUGGGGACGAUUCAAGGAGUCAGUCGUGAAGGCCGAGUCGUGGAGCAGCGUCUCUAAGGCCGAGUCCAUGGAGACGCUGCCCGAUAGAACUAAGUCUCACGACGAGAUGCCCCUCAAGAAAACUGACUCCUGUGACAGCGGCAUCACAAAGAGCGACCUCCGUUUGGACAAAGUCGGCGGCGCCAGAACGCCACAGGAGCAAAGCCCGGUCCAGUCUGAGGAGAAGAGGGUCUUCUGUCCAAUACCGGAGCAGAGUAUGCAAGCCUCUUUCCUGGAGCUGAAACAAGAGUUAAGAGGAGACAUCAGAUCUCUCAACAGUCGCAUGGCGGCGCUCGAAGCACAGCUGGCUGAGAUGCUGCGACUUCUCAAGUCCAGGAAGUCGUCGGGCUCCUACUUCGAGAUCUCGCGUCCUCCUUCCCCUGACUCCGAUAAGGACAGCUUAUCCUAAACCAGACAUGGAGUCAGUCCGCGGGAACCGGACUCGACCCGAUCUUCUGACUACGACGUGAAGUCGAUGAUGAUAUCACACAGAUGACAAGCACUUUGUUACGUUUGCAGCGAGACGUUACAGACUGGAUACUGGCUGCAUUUUCCUUUGCGUCUAUAGAAAGAGUUUUGACCGUCACGAUGGCACCUUUGGUCCAAAGGAGGGUUUCGAGCCUUCGGACCUUUUCAAUAAUAUCUGCAAUAAUAACAUGGCUUUAACUUUGAAGAAGACUUUGGCACUGUGAUAAAGGAGAUCGAGU